GAUAAAGCAAAAUAUAAAAGAAAUUUUUUUUAAAUUAAACAUACAAUAUCGUAGCAUCCACUGCAAAAGAAUUCAACAGAGUUGAGCUUGAAUGGUUCCAAAUCUCAUUAGUCUAAGUCCAACCACAAAUUUACCAUAAAUCACAACAAAAAAUCAUCUGAUUCUCUCACGCAGGCCGUUGAUCUAGGGGCAACAAAGUCCACAAAAUCUGGACCCCACAAUAUGAUUACCAAAUUUUGAACAAUUCAUACAUGUAGCAUACUGCAUACACCAUGCAACAAGUCUGCCUUUCGUUUACUUGACUUUCAGUCAUCCCCUGGCCCUAAUUUUAAAUUAGGGUUUCGUAAUAAGUAUGAAUCUCAGGCUUCGAUCCUUCCAAUCCAAACCCUAAUAUCUCAAAUCAGACUCUGGAUUAGUGUUUUCAUGGAGAAGAGCAAUUCGUUCAAAGGCCCUCAGACAUGGAGCGCCGAUUUAGGACUUGGCACCAGCGAUCGGAGAUUGGCGUUUUCGCGCCAAGCCUCAUUCCAGCAAUACCACGAACCACACACGCCGGUUUCGAUCAAUCUCAAUGACUCUGAGGCGACGCCGUUUCUCUCGCGGAGCGUGUCGAGCAUUGACGUUCCUCCAGGGGCGUAUUUGGCAGAGGAAAAUGACAAGCUUUUCGGGGAACGAAGAGUUUCGGCCGAGAAAUUAUCCGUCUUGUUGGUUUUUGAAUCGGUGUUUCGGAUUUUGAGGUCCGGAAAUCGGUAUAUGAAGAGAUUGUUCUUGUUGAUUUCGCUUAAUGUGGCGUAUUCGACCGCGGAGCUAUGUAUUGGACUCUUCACGGGACGUAUAGGUUUGGUGUCAGAUUCAUUUCAUUUAAGUUUUGGGUGUGGCUUAUUAACGUUUUCAUUGUUCGCUAUGGCUGCUUCUCGAAAGAAACCUGAUGCAAUUUACACUUAUGGGUAUAAAAGGCUAGAAGUUUUGUCUGCUUUUACCAAUGCUCUGUUUCUUUUGUUUAUGUCAUUCUCCUUGGCUGUGGAAGCACUUCAUGCGUUCAUACAGGAUGAAUCUGAACACAAGCAUUACUUGAUUGUUUCGGCAGUGACAAAUCUACUGGUGAAUCUUAUUGGUGUUUGGUUCUUCAGAAAUUAUGCUCGUGUCAAUCUUGUUUACAGAAACGCAGAAGAUAUGAACAACCACUCAGUUUGCCUGCAUGUUCUUGCAGAUUCCAUUCGUAGUGCAGGGUUGAUAUUGGCAUCUUGGUUUCUGUCUCUGGGGGUUCAGAAUGCAGAAGUUUUGUGUUUCGGACUAGUUUCAGUUGCAGUUUUUAUGCUUGUAAUGCCACUAUUUAGAGCGAGUGGUGGUAUUCUACUCCAAAUGGCACCACCAAACGUUCCAACUUCUGCAUUGAGCAAAUGCUGGCGACAGAUUACUGCCCGGGAAGAUGUUUCUGAAGUUUCUCAAGCACGGUUUUGGGAAUUGGUUCCUGGUCAUGUUGUUGGUUCACUUUCAAUACAGGUAAAGAAGGGGAUAGAUGAUCGCCCCAUACUUCAAUUAGUGCAUGGUUUGUAUCAUGAUUUGGGAAUACAGGACUUGACAGUGCAAGCUGACAAUGUCUGAGAGUUUCGUUUCUGGUUUCGGCAUUGAUUGACAUUUGGUGAAGAUGGUAUGGGUUGAAGUCCGACAUAUAGAUUUGUUCCCACUUUUUCAUUUGAAACCAUGGUAUUACCAGUUGGCAAAUAUUAGAAAAGAUUGGAUAUAUGUCAUUGUAAUGAAAUAUUAUUCUCUUUUUAUUAAAGAAAAUUAGUUGCUCUGGUAUCAGAGGUUUAUGGUUCUGUUCA